ACCCCCCACUAGCCUACUCGUUUCACUUGAUUAAAGUUUCCCCAUUCCCCAUGCGCCCGCGCGCUGAUAAGCAGUAGGCAGCGAACAUCAAAACUUAGUAGCUCUUGGAAUAAAAGUACUAGGCGUGCUCGUAACUCAGAACAAACAUUCAAGCGCUAGCAUUGUGAACGUCGUGUUCGGCUAUCGUCCCGGAAAAAAUAAAUAAAACGCUGCUUUUACUCAUCAAUGUGCGUGUAACUAGAAGUCAACGUCAAAUAUAAGUCGAAAGCGAAAAUUUCAAUAAAUCAACAAUGAGUGACAAUCUUGUAAACGGCUGCAGUUCUGGUCAGAAGAACUACAGUCACUGCAACGGUAGCACACAGCAGAAGGAAACCCCUUCACAAGGCAAAGACGUCCGCGUCUGGUGCGACGGAUGCUAUGAUAUGGUCCACUUUGGCCAUGCCAACUCUCUGCGACAAGCCAAAGCACUUGGCGAUAAGGUAAUUGUCGGCAUUCACACCGACGAUGAGAUAACCAAACACAAGGGACCGCCCGUCUUCACCGAGGAGGAGCGCGUCAAGAUGGUCAAGGGCAUCAAGUGGGUCGAUGAGGUGGUUCUCGGUGCCCCGUAUGUGACCACCCUGGAGGUUCUCGAUAAGAAUAACUGUGAUUUCUGUGUCCACGGCGAUGAUAUUACAAUGACAGCCGAGGGCGUCGAUACAUAUCACCUGGUCAAGUCGGCCAAUCGCUACAAGGAGGUACGACGCACAGCUGGUGUCUCGACAACAGAUUUGGUUGGUCGCAUGUUGCUGCUGACACGCAAUCACUUCCGCCAGGGAUCCGCUGAAUACGACAUCGAGAAAGAAGCGAAAAUGUUAAAACUACUACAAAUAAAAUCCCAUCCAGGUUCUUCGAAUAUGGGUCAAGAUUCAGCUGCCAAAAGUCCCUGGACCGGCUGCAGUCAGUUCUUGCCCACCACACAAAAGAUAAUACAAUUCAGCGAUGGCAAGUCACCAAAUGCCGGGGACAAGAUUGUGUAUGUGGCUGGAGCCUUUGAUCUGUUCCAUGUGGGUCAUUUGGACUUCCUGGAGAAGGCUAGCAAGCUGGGCGACUAUUUGAUUGUUGGCCUUCACACAGAUCCCGUGGUCAAUUCGUACAAGGAAAGCAAUUAUCCCAUUAUGAAUCUGCACGAACGCGUGCUCAGCGUAUUGGCAUGCAAGUUUGUCAAUGAGGUGGUGAUUGGGGCGCCGUACUGCGUCACCGAGGAGCUGCUCGAUCAUUUCAAAAUCGACGUAGUCUGCCAUGGUCGCACUCCCAUUGCGAUGGAGGAUGGCAAAAUUGACCCGUAUGCCGUGCCAAAGACGCGAGCCAUUUUCGAGCUGAUCGACUCUGGCAAUGAGAUGACCACCGAGCGGAUUGUGGAGCGCAUCAUCUCGCAUCGUCUGGAGUAUGAGCGCCGCAACCAGGCCAAAGAGAAGAAGGAAAUCGAGGCAUUUGAGGCGCUGCAACGCCAGAAACAGACCCAAAAGGCGGGCUAGCAGUAGCAGCCCCUUGCCCUCCUUCCGUUUUCACGCAAUAGACAGAUGUUUUAUUUUUUUUAGUUUCGUUUUUUAGUUUAGUGCUUGUAACCUUUUAUAUGGCCCCUUGUUUCGUUAUGAUAUGUUGUGUUCAAGGCGUGGCAACCACACACACCACACAAGUCCCCCCACAAGUAACACAACCCCAACCCCCCUCGCCAGCGGAUCGGCUCCUGCGUACGCAUCUCGUUUUCUAGUACAAUUUUUGAAUAGCUGCAGGCUCUCAGGCAGGCAGGAGGCUCUAUGCAAGCCUCAAUGAUAUAAAUUUAUAUAAAUCGAUAUAUAUAUAUAUGUAUAUGAAAUAGUCUACGAUAAUAGCAUAUUUAAAAUCUAAAUUGUAUGUAAGCUCAAGAUUGUAAAUUCUAUAUUGUAUGUAAUAAGUGUCGAGAAGAAUGAGUCGUGAGUGGACUCUAAAAAUUGUACGAAAUAUAUAUGUUUAGGCCAAAA